UAGGGUUUAUGUUUUGUCAUAUAAAUUUCCAAUUUUUUUCUGCGUUUUUCAUAUCAGAAGCUCAGACCUAGGGAUUUCGGCCGUUUGCUCCCCAAAAAGGAAAGAAGCAGAUUCUGUCCUUUGAAAUCAACAAGAAAAGAUGUCAGGUGAAGAGGUAGCUGUUGCAGUUGAGGUACCUGCUACUUCAAUUCCAGGUGAGCCAAUGGACAUCAUGACUGCUCUACAGCUUGUGCUGAGAAAAUCUCUGGCCUAUGGUGGUCUUGCACGAGGUCUUCAUGAAGGUGCCAAGGUGAUCGAGAAGCAUGCUGCACAGCUCUGUGUUCUAGCAGAAGAUUGUGACCAACCUGAUUAUGUGAAACUGGUGAAGGCUCUUUGUGCAGAGCACAAUGUUAGUCUUUUGACAGUUCCAAGUGCAAAGACCCUUGGAGAAUGGGCUGGUUUGUGUAAGAUUGAUUCAGAGGGAAAGGCUCGGAAGGUAACUGGUUGCUCAUGUGUGGUUGUCAAGGAUUUCGGGGAGGAACAUGAAGCAUAUAAUGUUGUUCUGCAGCAUGUGAAAGCCAACUGAGGAGUUGCUGCAGCAUGCCUAGAUUUGUGGGUUUUAGUUUGAAGUUAUUGUAUGAGUCUAUUUUUGCCUCUAUCAUAGGGAUUUUGAUGGUUUAGUACAAUUAUACCCGUUCUCAUUGUUGCUGAGUGAAUGCUUUUUUAAUUACUAUUGGUUUUCUGUGUUUUUAAGACUGACCUGUUGAGUUAUUAAUUGCUUACACUUCAUGAUAGUACUGAAUGUGUUAAUACGUAAUGCGACUACUAAUUACUA